AUGGCUGGACCACGUCCCUCUCGUAUGUUCCCGGCACAUCAGUUCAGUGAAAACAAAAUCACCGGGGAAUGGAGGGAACUCUUUAGGGAGGUACCAUAUUUAUCAGACUUCUCACACCACGUGUCCGCUCAUUCCACAGCCACUCGUCGCCUCGCCAACACUACUGCCACUACUGCCACAGUGACGGAGGCCAUGGCAUGGAUGUGGCACCAAUGGCUGGUGCUGAUAGUGGUGGUGGUGGCUAGGACAGCAGGAAACUCCUUACCCCAACCUGACAAUAACUACCAGGUGCUUGCAGGCCAACAGGUGUGGGAGGCGGAGGGGCAGGAGGCGAUGAAGGUCUUGGCGGACCUUGAGAUGGAAGGCCUGGCUGAUAUCUUGGGCCACUCUUCAUCCACACCAAGGUUCCGCGUGCACGCUGACAACAUUGCCCAGGUUGCCGCUGCACUGACUGAAGCAGGACUCACCCAAAAACUUCUCAUCAGUGACCUGGCCAGACAUGUCAUGGGAGAGCAACGCAAGGAGAGUCUGGAAUUCCUGCGAGGAAGCAGAACAGAAUCGUGCACAGAGGAGAGUUGCCCAAAGCCUCUCGCCAACGCUUAUAUGUCAUUUGAACAGAUUGAGUAUUACCUGAGGGAGUUGGCAGAAAGGUCACAGAGAGUGGAGCUGGUUUCCAUCGGGAAGUCUAUCGAAGGGCGGGACAUCUGGAGAGUGCACAUCAGGCCAUAUGGAGACACUGGCGAGGACGUGAGGAGGAAUGCUGUGUGGUUCGAGGCAGGAAUACACGCACGAGAGUGGAUCUCCCCCGCUACUGCAUGUCAUCUCCUUGAAUACUUAGUGGCCGACAAAUCCCUCACAAAGAAUCUGGACGUGUACAUGGUGCCCAUGGCUAAUCCUGACGGAUACGAGUUCUCCAGGACCAACGAUCGGUUUUGGCGUAAGAACAGACGAAUUAACGCUGGCUCUUCAUGCUCUGGUGUUGACCUGAACCGAAACUGGGACGAGUCUUUCGGUGUAGGUGCCUCUUCGAAUCCCUGUAGUGAGGUGUACAAGGGGACCAAGCCCUUCUCCGAGCCUGAGACAGAAGCGCUAAGUGCCGAGAUGCAGAGAGUUAACUCCGUUGACGACCUGCGCCUCAUGAUCUCCUUGCAUAGCUAUGGGCAGGUAUUGCUGUAUCCAUGGGGUUCUACCACUAACAAUGCUCCAAAAACACCUAUGAUGAAACGUGUCGGAAAACGAUUCUCUAAAGGCGCAAUAAAAUCUUAUAAAACCAAGUAUACAGUAGAAAACGCAGCAGCAGGGAUGUACUUAGCCUCAGGAUCCACUGAUGACUGGGCCAAGGCAGCGCUGAAGGUUCCCUUGUCGUACACUCUGGAGCUGAGGGAUAAGGGCAGAAAUGGCUUCGUGCUGCCCGCCAGCCAGAUCCUGCCUACUAGUGAGGAGGUGUGGAAUGGCAUUAAAAAAAUGUUCUUUUUCAUUAACAAAAAAUUUUAGUGAUCAAAUACUGCAGAGACUAUAGCUUGUUACCUCAACGAUUUCUUUACAUAAAUAAGACGACGCACCAUUCAUUUGAUUUAUCCAUCUUUAUCAAAAUGUGAUGCUAAUUUUCACUGUCAGAAAUAAAACUUAAUCUAAUGCUUUAAAAGUGCUGACAAGAAUUAA